AUGAUGUAUUCCAACAAAAGGCACCAAGGGAUCUCAGGCAAGGAGAACCACUCACGUCUACAACAAGGUGUGAGAUCCCUGGAUAAGCAACGCAUUCCCUCUGAUCUUGAAAAUUCAACAGCUUAUAAUGAACUUGUUAACCACAGGAAGUUCACGCAUGCAGUCAUGAAGGUUAUUGCUGUCAAAGGCGGCAACUACUUAGCAAUGCGUUUUGACACGGAAGCUGAAAGAAAAAUGAUCAGAGCUCCUCCAGAGGUUGCUCGGAGGAAGGGCAGCGCAGUUUGUUAUUUUCAACAAGAGACACAGGAUGAAGACUCCAUGUUUUCAUUCUUCUUGUUUGAAUAA